AUGGUCGCGGUAAAGCAGCAGCCUGUAAUAAAUGCCAAGCAGAAGGAAGUUCCUUACGCUGCCGCGCUUGCUAUUGCUUUCGGAGGCUAUAACCCUUGUCUCUCCAUUGCCUUCAACGAAAAAGAACCGGUUGGGAUGAAUAUGGACGGUUCCCUCAUAAGCAAUGAUGUAACGAUUGCAAGAAUUGUUGCGCAGAGCCUUGGAUUACCGGAGUUCACCGGAUCUACUUGUUUUGAGAUCGCUAAGAUCGAUGAGGUGCUGACGUUAUGUGAAAAGGUAGUUGAUGGCUUCUUGGUAGACGAGGAGGUGCUGUCUGCGGUGCAGUUUAGUAAAUCUGGAACACUUUUUGAAAAACGUGUAACUGUUGGUGACGUUGCCCUAUGGAGCCUUAUAAUCAAAAAUCCCCAGUUGCAAGAGAAGUUUUCUGCAUUGCUCAACGCUAUUGUUGAAGAUCAACGAUUUAUCGUGGCACAUAUGAUGGUUGGAAAGUUCACCAAUGCGAAAAUCUCGAAGCCUUUAUCGAAAGAGAAACAGCGGGACGAGGGAAAAUUCGUUGAGUUGCCGGGUGCUGAGAAAGGAAAAGUGGUGGUGCGAUUUCCCCCUGAGGCUAGCGGAUAUCUGCAUAUUGGACACGCCAAAGCCGCUCUAUUGAAUCAGUAUUACCAACAAACUUUCGAAGGCCAGCUGAUAAUGCGAUUCGAUGACACGAAUCCUGCUAAAGAGAACGCUCAUUUUGAGAAGGUGAUAAAAGAAGAUCUAGCUAUGUUAAAUAUUAUUCCUGAUCGAUGGACUCAUUCGUCCGACUACUUUGAGUUGAUGUUGCAAAUGUGCGAGAAGCUCCUUCGGGAAGGUAAAGCAUAUGUGGAUGACACAGACACGGAAACAAUGCGAAAGGAGCGCGAAGAACGAGUUGAAAGCAAAAAUCGAAGUCUAUCUCCUGAAGCAAAUCUCUCGUUGUGGGAGGAGAUGAAAAAGGGAACUGAACGAGGUUUACAGUGUUGCGUUCGUAUUAAAAUUGACAUGCAGUCCAACAACGGUGCAAUGAGAGAUCCAACUAUUUAUCGGUGUAAACCGGAAGAGCAUGUCCGUACCGGGAUGAAGUACAAGGUCUAUCCAACCUAUGACUUUGCUUGCCCUAUUGUGGAUAGUGUUGAAGGAGUUACCCAUGCUCUUCGUACGACUGAAUACACUGACAGAGAUGAUCAGUACUACUUCAUUUGCGAUGCUCUCGGUCUACGCAAACCAUUCAUUUGGUCCUAUGCUCGCUUGAAUAUGACAAAUACAGUGAUGAGUAAACGCAAGCUGACAUGGUUUGUCAACGAGGGGCUAGUCGAAGGCUGGGACGAUCCCCGCUUCCCUACAGUGCGUGGCGUGAUGCGACGAGGAAUGACGGUUGAAGGUUUGCGUCAGUUCAUUAUAGCUCAGGGCGGCUCAAGAUCGGUUGUCAUGAUGGAAUGGGAUAAGAUAUGGUCUUUCAACAAAAAAGUAAUAGAUCCUGUAGCACCGAGGUAUACAGCUCUCGAAACGACAGCAAUUGUACCUGUGUUCAUCUCCACACCAGUAGUAGUCCAGGAUGCGGAAGUUCCUCUACACCCAAAAAAUGCGGACGUUGGAAAGAAGACUAUUUGGCACAGUGCGAAGCUGUUAGUGGAACAAGUGGACGCACAGGAGAUGAAGUCUGGAGACACUGUUACUUUUGUUAAUUGGGGCAACAUUAAGAUCGUCUCUGUUAAUAAAAAGAAUGAGACUGUAUCCGAGAUUCAUGCAGUCUUAGACCUCGCAAAUCAGGAUUACAAAAAGACAAUGAAGGUGACGUGGAUUGCUGAAGCCGAUAUACCUAGUGCUGCAUGCAUUCCAGUAGUUGCAAUCGAGUAUGAUCAUAUUAUUAGCAAGGCUGUUGUUGGUAAAGAAGAGGACUGGAAAAACUUUAUCAACUACGAAUCCGUGCACUAUACAAAAAUGCUAGGAGAACCAGCGCUACGCAGCGUUAGGAAAGGCGAUAUCAUCCAAUUACAAAGAAAAGGAUUCUACAUUUGCGAUCAUGACUACCAAUCAAAGAGCGAAUUUAGCGGUACUGAGUCGCCGCUUCUGCUGAUCUACAUUCCUGAUGGUCACGUGAAAGAACCAGUGAAUAAACCCAAACCGAGCAGCGUAGUUGCAGCCUCUGCUGGAAAGCCAAGGGAUGCUCUUGAGCUUUACAAAUUAAUUGAAGCGCAAGGAAAUACAGUGCGUGAUCUCAAGAGUAAGGACCCGAAGGCAAGUUUCCAAUACAUAUAUGGUUGUUACUCCAUCUUUUAUGCUGAAUCUACGAAACUGGCAGUUCAAAAAUUGCUGGAAUUGAAAAAGCAGUACAGUGAAGUCACUGGUAAAGAAUACAAACCCGGACAAGUUCCAGAGCCAUCAAACAUGGUAGCCGGAUCAACCGCCAACGAGAGCCUUGCUCUCUAUAUGAAAAUUGAGGCACAAGGGGAACUUGUUCGAAGUGAAAAGGCCAAGGACGCCAAGUCGGAGGCGUCCAAAGCCGCCAUAGCAACCCUGCUUGAGCUUAAAAAGGAGUACAAGGAAAAAACUGGUCAGGAUUACAAAGCAGGCCAACCUCCUGCGACCGGAGCGCCAUCAGCUAGUGCUCCUUCUAGUGCCAUUGUUGAGCCAUCUAAUCUUUACGCUGAGAUAGAGGCUCAAGGUGAGCUCGUCCGGAAGGAAAAAGCGAAGGAUCCUAAAUCGGAGUCUGCUAAAGCAGCCAUUGCAAAGUUGCUUGAUUUGAAAAAGCAGUACAAAGAGCAAACCGGGCAGGACUACAAGCCUGGUCAGCAGGUGGCUUCUUUGAAAUCACCCUCAAUUGCCAGUGGUGGUGAUGCGCUUUCUCUCUACUCAGAAAUCGAAGCCCAGGGAAAUCUUGUUCGGCAAGAAAAAGCUAAAGACGCCAAAUCGGCGACAGCCAUUGCAAAGUUGCUUGAUUUGAAAAAGCAGUACAAAGAGCAAACCGGGCAGGACUACAAGCCUGGUCAGCAGGUGGCUUCUUUGAAAUCACCCUCAAUUGCCAGUGGUGGUGAUGCGCUUUCUCUCUACUCAGAAAUCGAAGCCCAGGGAAAUCUUGAAGCUGCCAAGGCAGCUAUUGCCAAAUUACUGGAGUUGAAGAAAAAGUACGAAGAGGUGACUGGUUAUCCAUACAAACCAGGACAACCUCCUGCUGAAACUCCGUCAUCGCCACAGAAAACUGCUUCCGAAGAAUCUGCGCUUUAUGAAGAGAUAAAGGCACAGGGUGAUCUGGUACUGGAGUUGAAGAAAAAGUACGAAGAGGUGACUGGUCAUCCAUACAAACCAGGACAACCUCCUGCUGAAACUCCGUCAUCACCACAGAAAACUGCUCCCGAAGAAUCUGCGCUUUAUGAAGAGAUAAAGGCACAGGGUGAUCUGGUCCGGCAGGAGAAGCAAAAGGAUGCGAAAUCUGACGCUUCGAAAGCUGCCAUUCAGAAACUUCUCGAUUUGAAGAAACUCUAUAAAGAGAAAACAGGGCAAGAGUACAAGCCGAAGUGA